UUUUUUUUAAUUCUAUUUUUUAAGCGCGAGUUCAAUAGCUUGUGUAUAGACGCUAAAAAGCCGGUUUUCAGAGAACAUAGUUUUAGUGAAAGGUUAUGUGAUGAAGUUGAACAGUUUUCAUUUUUAAUGAGAAUAACCGAUGGCGCUAAAGAGGGAAGACAUCGCAGAAGAUCAAGAAACAACAAAAGAAGACACACUAAAUAACGACACAGGCACAGCAAAGAAUGAAACAGAAAAUAGUGAUAAAGAUAAAGUUGUAGAAGAAAAUAAUCCUGACAAAGAAAGAGACACUCCCGAAACUGAAAAAUACGAACAAAAAGAAACUAAUAAAGUACCUGAUUCAGAAAUGGUUGGAAAACUAGCAAAUUAUUACCAGAAUCUAAAGCACGAUUCAGCAACAGGACUAGCGCUAGAUAAUAAGAAUGUUACCACAAAGGAAGAACAACUGCUAGAGGAUUCCAGGACAGUUGUGCGGUUUUCACCAGUUUGGAAACAGACGAUAGCAGCAUCGGCCUCAAUCCUCAUCACUUUCAUCUCCGGUCUUACAUCAGGAUACUCCGCAAUCUUGCUGCCUCAGCUUAAAGCAGAGGAUGGAGCUAUCCCUUGGGAUCCUACCACACAAUCCUGGAUAGCUGCAAUGGCCGCACUCCCAAUGGCGCCCGGCUGUCUAAUCUCAGGCUGGAUGAUGGAGAAAUUCGGCCGUCGCACCUCCCAGUACAUCAUCUGCGGCCCUCUCCUCCUCGGCUGGAUCCUCAUCGCCUCGGCCUCCAACCUCUCUCUCCUGUUAGCUGGAAGAUUCCUCACUGGAAUUUGUGUUGGACUCUGCGGCCCACUCAGCCCUGUCUACAUAGGAGAAACUACUGAACCUAAAUACAGAGGCUUUUUCCUUGCUGGUGUCUCCCUUGCCAUUGCUGUUGGAUUGAUAGCGGCACAUGUCUUAGGAACUUUCCUGACUUGGCAAUGGACAGCUAACAUAUGCUGCUUAUUCCCUAUCCUGGCAGUUCUACUUCUAACUUUAAUCCCCGAGAGCCCUACAUGGCUGAUCUCUAAGGGAAGAAUAGAAGAGGGUGUGAAGGCUUAUGGUUGGCUUAGAGGUCAUAGUGAAGAAGCCAAUGCUGAACUUAGAGGGAUUUUAGAGAAACAAAAAGCAGCGGAUUCAGAGCCAGCUAUGAAUUGGAAAGAGAAGCUAAUAGCGCUGAAAAGCCCGGAGCUGUUGAAGCCAUUGUUCAUAAUGGUGUUUUUCUUCAUAGUUUGUCAAUUGUCCGGGGUUAACGCCGUUGCGUUCUAUUCUAUAGAUAUUAUGGAGAAAGCAGUUGGUUCUGGCAUGGAUCAUUAUGUUGCUAUGCUGGUGAUAGAUAUAGUUAGAGUAAUCAUGUCUGUGAUCGCCUGCGUGGCUUGCCGCCGCUUCGGCAGACGGCCAUUGUGUUUUAUCAGUGGUAUACUGACCGCUAUAUCAAUGAUCGGUUUAUCUAUGUACUUAUUUGCGACUGAAGGUUCGGAGACCAAGAUGUCUUGGAUUCCUUUAUCUUGUCUGAUGAUUUAUAUCUGUGCGAUAUCUAUCGGCUUGGUACCUUUACCAUGGAUUAUGUGUGGGGAGGUGUUCCCUACUAAAGUUCGAGGUUUGGGAUCUGGGAUUAGUUCAGCGACAACUUUCACCGCUUUCUUCGCUGUGGUGAAGACUGCUCCAGGAAUGAUGCACAAUUUAGGAGAAGUUAUUACUUUCUUAUGCUAUGGUGCUGUAGCAUUAGUCGGCACUGGAGUUCUUUACUUUAUUCUCCCGGAAACAAAAGGGAAGAGUUUGCAAGAAAUUGAAGAAGAAUUCAAAUAUGGCAAGAAAAGUGUUCACAAAAUAUGAAUUAGGUAAUAGUAAUAUAAGACUCUUUAUAAUACUUUUACGCUAAAAGCGACAGUGUUUAUCUGUGAUACUUAAGUAGUCAAUAUUAAAAUUAUGAUAUUUUU